UCAAAUCUACAAUUAACAUGCUUAACUACCUUCAAAAUCUUACGGUCUUCAAUGUGUCUGAUGUGCCAUACAGCAUUGAUAAGGCUUCCGUUAAUGCCUUUAUAGGCAUAUACUGUCAACCUGGAUUUUCUGGAACAGACGGAUUGUGUGUUGAAUGCCCUGCAGGUACAUAUGAGGUAAACGCAGCGUGUCGUAGUUGUGACGUCGGUACCUACCAGCCAUCCAAGGGUCAGACAAAGUGUGAGCCAUGUCCGAUUGGGUACACCACCGCCACGUUCAUGUCUACAAGCGUUGACGAUUGCCAUGUCAUAUCAUUGCUUAUACCUACGGCCGCGACGACCGAUGGAAAGGUUACAUCAGUGCCAACAACUCAGAGUUCCAUUACAACGAAGACGACCAAUAAAGUGGUAACAUCAGUGCCAACCACUCAGAGUUCCGUUACAACGACGUCUGCAAAAACCACAAAUAAAGAGGUAACAUCGAUGCCAACAACGCAGAGUUCCGUUACAACGACGUCCGCAACAAUCACCAAGAAAGAGGUAACAUCGAUGCCAACAACUCAGAGUUCCGUUACAACGACGUCAGGAAAGAUCACCAAUACAGUAACGACGACUGCGUACGCAACCACUGAUGGAGAGGUCACGCAAGGACUAACAACUCGAACGCCCGAGAAUACCAAAGUAGACGUGAAUGAAGAUUCUGAACAGACAUCAUCGAAAUCUAAAUCGACGAUACUUAUCAUCUCAAGUGUGAUGGGCAUCCUUGCAGUCGUUUUAGUCGGCAUCGUCAUUUAUGUGCUUCGCCAUAAGUGUGCAAGGAGGAAUUUAGAGACAUCGCACGCAAGGGGUCAAUAUUAUCCGAAUGGAAUAUAUUCAGGAGUUACAUCAACACAGCAGCCAAGGGAUCAACCCUACACAACGUAUGUCACACGAGCAGAGCCACUUGCAGAGAACCCAUAUAUCGUUUAUAAUCCGUCAGAAAAUGAGUCUGUGUAUCACGAGCUUUAUGAUGAACGGAUAGAAUAUUAGAUACGUUAAGCGACACAUGAAUUAAAACUAUGCCAAGUUGAAUUACUGGUUAUUAGAUAGUUUUUUUUAAUGUAGGGCACGAAUUUGGUUCAAAGUUGGAGAGUGAGAUUCUUUGCAAGUGUAUAGGUUUUCAAUUUAGCGAUUUUACGUUCAGCUCAAUCGUAAAAGAUAAUAUUGUUAAGCAUAAUUACCCAUGAGAAAACGGCCAGAUGAUAAUGCGUAACAUAAUUCAGUUACGAACUGCCUUUGAACUUAAACAUACAAUGAAAUGACUAACAAUAUGCCAGUUCGCCUUGAAAUGGUAAAGAGAAAUUUAAUAAUUUCUAAAUAACUGCGACAUUGGCGUUUGCACUGCGAAUGCAUAACAACCAUACAUUGUCAUAAAACGCUUUCUUUGCUGGAAUAAAUUGCAAGCCUCGCUUAAAUUUGUUAAGACAUCAAUUGAGUUUUAAUUAAAUGAUUAAGUUAAACCUCAUGCCUAGACCAAAACGUUGUGGUCCAAAAAGGCAAGACCCCGAAAAUAUCACAAGAGAGAGGCUAACUUGUACUGUACUAGCAGUGCCAGACGCGUAUGUAAAGUCAAGUCAAUGCCGAAAAUUAAAAUCUGGCUAGGAGCGACCCGAGUUAAACAGACAAAAAACUAAUGAUGGAGUUGAUAACAGAAUAUCCGCAACUCAUCAUGACAAAAUGCAUCUUUCAUAAGGUAAGGGAAAACAGAUGCCCUCUGGGCCGAGCAGGCACGAGUUAACGAUGUGUUAUUGGUCGACCCUCAAAAUAUAUGAUAGCAAUCGGGCAAACGAUCAUCGGCAAUAUCACGGCACCAACAGUUUGUUCUUAGCGUUUCUUCUGAGACACAAUCGCGACCCUUGUCUUUGCUCUGCUUCUUUGUCUAUAGUCCUGAAGUCGAUCUUGAGACGUUCUUGCAACAAGUUCAAAAUAGUUGCUGUAAGGCUGCCGACAUAGUUUUCUUGGUGUUUGGAGAUAAAUGUUAUAUACAGAGUUUAAACUGAAUAAUUUGUCCCAGUAUAUAAUAUGUAUGGUAUUAGUGUUAAGGCCAUUUGGAGACUGAAUUUUAAAGAUUUUUAACCAGUAAAAUCAAUUCCUACUCCUGGAUUCGUCUACAAAAAGCGGGGUCUGUCACGUAUUUGUGCUAACACUGAUAAUAUGCUGAUUUAAGCUAUGUGUAAAAAAUUAUAUAUAGCUUUAACGUAAAUUAAUAGUAAAGUAAUGCUGCUAAAUGUAUUUUAUCUGAUCCAUUAUGUUUAUGUGGCAAUUCUAAUAUCUAAUACUUAUCAUUAUUUAAUUAAAUCUUAUAUGUUAAUAUAGGUUCAUAAUUUUUUAUUUUAUUAGAUUAUUUAAUGUAUGAUUAAAAGUUCAAGUAAAUCAUAAUAAUUUAUGUUUUUUAUUGUAACAUAUCCAU